GAGCCGGUCCCGAGCGGGUCCCGAGCCUCCCCGCCGGCCGGCUGCGCCCGAGUCCGAAGGCGCCGCGCCGCGGGGCCGGGCCCAUGUGCGAGCCGCCCGCUCCAGGCCGUCCGCACGUCACCUCUGCGAGCGUCCUGGCCUCCCUCGGGCCUCCCUCGGAGGAGGAGGAGUCGCCGCGACCCCCAGCCUGCGGGGCAGGUAAACCAGCCAAAACUAUUCCCUGAAUGAAAACACCUUUUUUUAAAGUAGCAUAUAUACAAAAGAAAAAACCCAAAUGCUUUUUAUCUUGCCUGAAUACAAGAUUUAAACAAGGUAUUGCCAUAGAAGUCUCUACCACAGAGCGUUCUGUUGGGCUCUUUGAUGGAACUCUAGGAUCAUAUGGGCGACCCUUGUGUGCGGACCCUCCUAUCCUCUGUCUUCCGAUUCUGUCACCCCGGGAAAUAAAGAAGCAGAACCUGAGGCUCCUUUCGCCCAUUCGCUGCUGGGAUCAAUGUCCAGGGCCAAGGCAGUUUUAUUUGUAUGGAUUUCUGUUUACUGCUGCGUUAUAGAGGUUGCAGGAUCCCUUAAGCUCUGCGACUGCCAUCAUGUUCUGGAAAUUUGACUUGAACACCACGUCCCAUGUUGACAAGCUCCUCGACAAAGAACAUGUGACCCUGCAGGAGUUAAUGGAUGAAGAUGACAUCUUGCAGGAGUGUAAGGCCCAGAACCAGAAGCUCCUGGGCUUCCUGUGCAGGCAGCAGUGCAUGGAGGAGCUGGUGAACCUCAUCACACAGGACCCACCCCAGGACAUGGAAGAGAAGGUCCGAUUCAAAUAUCCAAACACAGCCUGUGAGCUUCUGACUUGUGAUGUGCCACAGAUCAGCGACAGACUAGGCGAGGAUGAGAGUCUGCUGAACCUUCUCUAUGACUUCCUGGACCAAGAGCCGCCACUCAACCCUCUGCUUGCCAGUUUUUUCAGCAAGACCAUUGGCAAUCUUAUUGCAAGGAAAACUGAACAGGUGAUUGUGUUCUUGAAGAAGAAGGACAAGUUCAUCAGUCUGAUCCUGAAGCACAUAGGCACCUCAGCUCUCAUGGACCUGCUGCUGCGCCUGGUCAGCUGUGUGGAGCCAGUUGGUCUCCGGCAGGAGGUCCUACAUUGGCUUAAUGAAGAGAAAAUCAUCCAGAGACUCGUGGAAUUGAUCCAUCCCCACCAGGAUGAAGAUAGGCAGUCAAAUGCUUCUCAGGCACUCUGUGACAUCAUCAGGCUGGGCAGAGACCAGGGCAGUCAGCUGCAGGAGACUGUGGAGCCAGACCCCCUCCUCAUAGCAUUGGAGUCGCAGGACUGUGUGGAGCAGCUUCUGAAGAACAUGUUUGAUGGGGAUCAGACGGAGAGCUGCCUGGUCAGUGGGAUGCAGGUGCUGCUCGCCUUGCUGGAGCCAAGGCGUGUUGGAACAGAAGGCUUGGUGGACUCCUUUUCUCAGGGACUGGAAAGGUCACACUCCGUCAGCAGCAGCAUCCUUCGUGGCAUUGAGCCAUGGCUGAAGAAUUUCCAUCAGCUCCUCCUCAACCCACCAAAGAAAAAAGCAAUCCUGACCACCAUUGGUGUGUUAGAAGAGCCCCUGGGGAACGCUCGUCUUCAUGGUGCACGCCUCAUGGCUGCACUGCUGCACACAAACACACCCAGCAUCAACCAGGAGCUCUGCCGGCUCAACACCAUGGACUUACUGCUGGACUUGUUCUUUAAGUACACCUGGAAUAACUUUUUGCACCUCCAAGUGGAACUAUGCAUAGCCGCUAUUCUUUCCCAUGCUGCUCCAGAGGAGCAGACAGAAGCCAGUGGAUCCGACAGCAAGGCAGAGCCUCUGCAGGGCAGUGGAGAUGGGAAUGGGAAGCUGGAGACUGCCCCAUCCAUCACCAGCCCUCCUGAGAACACGAUGGUGACCCAUCUGUUCCAGAAGUGCUGCCUGGUACAGAGGAUCCUGGAAGCCUGGGAAGCCAAUGACCACACACAGGCAGCAGGUGGCAUGAGACGUGGGAAUAUGGGCCACCUUACAAGGAUUGCCAAUGCAGUUGUACAGAACCUGGAGCAGGGCCCGGUGCAGACCCACAUCAGUGACAUCAUCCGAGGGCUCCCUGCAGACUGCCGUGGACGCUGGGAGAGCUUUGUGGAAGAGACCCUGAUGGAGACCAACCGCAGGAACACUGUGGACCUGGCCUUCUCUGAGUAUCAGAUCCAACAGAUGACAGCAAACUUUGUGGAUCAGUUUGGCUUCAAUGAUGAGGAGUUUGCAGACCAGGAUGACAACAUCAACGCCCCAUUUGACCGGAUUGCAGAGAUCAACUUCAACAUUGAAGCCGAUGAGGACAGUCCCAGUGCAGCUCUGUUUGAAGCCUGUUGUAGUGAUCGAAUCCAGCCCUUUGACGAUGAUGAAGAGGAGGACAUUUGGGAAGAUGACGAGACUCGAUGCACUGCUCGGGUGAUGGCCAGAGCCAGGUUUGGAGCCCCUCAUGUCUCAGAUAAUUACUCAAAGAAUGCCUUGGAACAUGGAGGCCAGGACAGGAAGACUGGCUCAGCAGUAGCUAGGAAUGUGCCUGGAUUGGCCGCUCCUUCAUCUCCUACACAGAAAGAAGGUCCUCGCUCAGAGAGUGAUUCAGCAGGUACUACAUGGACAGCAGUUUUUGAUGAGCCAGUGAACCCGCUGUCUGCAACCCCAGGAGCUGCAAGGGAUGUGGGUUCUAGUGCAUGGGCAGCUGGUCCUUCAGUUGCAGAGGAGAAAGGCUGGGCCAAAUUCACCGACUUCCAGCCUUUCUGCUGCUCUGAGACAGGGCCCCGGUGCAGCUCUCCUGUGGACAUGGACCACAGCAAUGCCGAGGGUGGCCAGAGUCCAGGCCCAGAGAAAACCUUUGGUCCUAGCUCGCCUUGUGCCUGGAAUGUGUGUGUCACUAGGAAGGCCCCCCUGGUAGCCUCUGACAGCAGCUCCUCUGGGGGAUCUGACAGUGAAGAUGACGAGAAGGCGGCGGCGGGUGCUGUAGAAGCCGUGUGCACAGGCCAUACCGGAAAGGCCUCCCCACCACUCAGGACAGCGGAGGCUGCUGUUGGCAGGGCUGAGUGUCCUGACAGUACCGUGUUAGCCCCUGCCUGCCCCGCACCUUCAGAAGUGACCAUCAGUCCUGCCGUGGCUACCAUAGCACCAAGCAAGGCAGGCUCUCCCACGGCCACCAUAGUGGUCUCUUCCUCAGUAGCUGCUGCAGUGCCCCCAGGACCGAUCAUGGCAGUAACCACAGCAGCCCCAGCCAUAGUUGCCACCAUGGGGACGAUGACAAAGGAUAGGAAGGCAGAUGCCCUGCCAGAAGGCGCUGCCUUAAAUGGUCCUGUGUAACUGCUGCCACCCGGCCGUGGCCCGCCCUGGUCAGGCUGCUUCCUUAAUCAAGAAAACUACCUGGUGAUGCAAAUUUUUUUUUUUUAAUUUAACUUUAAAAUAAAUGCUGCAUUUGGUAAAGCUGGCAGUGGAACCAGUUGGAUGACCCAACUCCUGUCUCUCCUGCCUGCCCUUGGUCCUGUUGGAAGACAGAUGUACCUGGCCAUUCCCCGUCCAGGUCUUGGUCUAACAAUGAGGCCCCUGACAUUCAGCUUUUACUGCAGGAGUUGGGGAGGGAAUAAGACCCUGAGGUGCCAGCACCAUCAGAUGGGCAGGAAGGGUGAGGCUCUCCAGGCUCUGGUUUCAUCUGUACUUUUUAACGCACGGAGGAAAAGCCGGGGUUAUUUUGCACUUUGUACCCAGCUACGGUACAGGGUCUCUCUUGGCUCACGGCAGAUAUAAAGGCCUGAGUUGGAGAGACCUGUUCCCCAAUAAUAAUAAUAAAUGGGGGUCUGGCACUAGUUUGGCCACAUGAGGUCAAACCCCAGUUCUAGUUGCCCAGAGGCUCCUGGGAGCUAGCAUUGAAUCAGGCUACAAAUUUUGACUGCCUUAAAAACAAAAGACCCUCUGGACCUGAUGGAAUUGUCUCUGUGCUCAGCAGGGCAGACUGGCACACUUGGGUGGGUGUUGGAGCUGCAUCAGACAUGUAAGAGUGGUUAUAAGAGAGGCUGAGAGACAGGGCGGGCCCAUAUUGUCCACGAAGAGUCUAAAAGUCUAUGUUGUCUUUUUUUUUUUUUUUUUAAAUGUUCUGACCUUCUGACAGGGCAUCCAACCCCCAAUAAAAAGUAUCAUUCUUACUGAAAAA